UGAAAUCUCACGCAUCUUUGCUCCAGUUCUCUCACUGUGAGACCAGCAGCACGCUGAUAAACACUCGCGAGCCACGCACUUUAAAGCUUUGCGACAUCUAGCCACCGCACGCUGUAGCAAGUCUGACAUAUCUGAGAUAUUUUACUUGUUAGUGGAUUAUCGGAGUGAUAGGAGAAGUUAUGCUAUUUCCCCGGACCAUCGAAACAUCUUAAAAAUGAAUCCUCAUUGCGCGCGCUGUGGGAAAAUUGUCUACGCAACAGAGAAAGUGAACUGCCUGGACAAGUAUUGGCACAAAGGAUGCUUCCAUUGUGAGGUGUGUAAAAUGACUCUCAACAUGAACAACUACAAGGGAUAUGAGAAGAAGCCCUACUGCAACGCACACUAUCCAAAACAGACCUUUACAAUUGUGACAGACACCCCUGAGAACCUACGACUGAGACAGCAAAGCGAACUCCAAAGUCAGGUCAAGUACAGGAAGGAUUUUGAACAGAGUAAGGGUCGGGGCCUCAAAUUCGUCUUGGAUACUCCAGAGCUACAGAGACUGAGGAAGGCCCAGGAUCAGAUCAGUAAUGCAAAGUAUCAUAAGGAUUUUGAGGUGUCUGGUUUGCAUGGGGUCACUCAGGGAACGCGCGGGACGUACCUGGUACAGGCUCAGAUGACACCUAACCAUGAGACGGUGGGGAAAAGCACACACAAGGGGGGUCAUCAGUACAUCAUGGAGAUGGAUCGAAGACCUGGCGUCAUUGUGGCACCUGUUCUUCCUGGUGCAUACUAUCCCAAUGGCCACAGCCAUGGGCACAGCUACAUGCAUCAGACAAGCAUGCAUUCACUGAGGUCAAUGCAGCUGAGGUCACAACACAUGAGCAUGACUGUGUACAGGGCCCUGUAUGACUACACGGCACAGGAUUACGAUGAGGUGUCAUUCCGGGACGGUGACAUCAUUCAGAACGUGCAGCCCAUCGAUGAAGGCUGGAUGUAUGGAACAGUACAGAGAACGGGGAGGGCGGGCCUGCUGCCUGCUAACUAUUUAGAGGGCAUUCGCUAGCUGUCUAAACUGAGCCUC